AAGUUAUUUAAAUGUUUAUGUGAGAAUAUAUAAUAAUUACUAUUAUAUUUUAAUAGUUACAUAUUAUUACUAAAUAUGUAACAUUUCGCGAAUGUUUAAAAAUAUACGCUACAAGAAAUAAAAUAUAACUAAUGGUAUAAAAUGUAGUGUUUAUGGGUGUAUAUUUUAGAUUCAACCUUAGCUCUUUGAAGAAUGCUCAAUACAUAUCAUUAAAGACACCAAUGGUCAUUAAAUAAUGCAACAGAUGCCAGAACUCACUGUUACAUCUGAGAUUUAUAAUGAGUAUGAUUAUCACACAAAGAUAUCACCAACUAAUGAAGGCAAUGUAAUAUCAGAGUUUCCAUUUGUAUUGGCCAAACAAACAACUGCUGCUAAAUUCGAUAAAGACAAUGAUUUGGAUGUAGUGAGGCCAAAAAAAGAAGUUAUUAAAAUAGAACACAGUUCUAAAACAAAAUUAGCAUUGGUGGGACUGCAGGUGUGGAGGGGGGCAUUUUUGCUGGCCGAUUUGAUUACCCACCUGGGUAUAAAGGGAGAGCUAAUAAACAAGACAGUGCUGGAGCUUGGUGCUGGCACUGGCCUCACUAGUUUUGCCGCUGCAUUGUAUGCCAAAAAAGUUGUAUGUACAGAUAUUAAUGUUGGAGGCAUCUUAGAACUUAUAAAAUUAAACGCAAAAUACAAUGACAAGCUAAUAAAGUCGCAAUUUAAAGUGAUGCCAUUGGAUUUUAUGGAUAUUAAUUGGAGCCAGGAGUUAACGGAUGAAAUAAGAGACGUCGAUAUUGUCAUCGCUGCAGAUGUUAUCUACGAUGACGACGUAACAGCAGCUUUCGUUAGAACAAUAGACAAGAUAAUGAAUACAAAUCCACCUAAAACAAUCUAUAUAGCGCUGGAGAAACGCUAUGUAUUUACGAUAGAGCAUCUGGAUUCGGUUGCACCGUGCUAUGAAACAUUCCUUACAUUACUAAAUAAAGACAAAAUGGACGAUGUUGUUUACAAUUGGACAGUCCAAGAAAUGUCUCUUGAUUUCCCAAAAUAUUUUACAUAUGAUCGUGUAAAAGAAUUAGUACUAUGGAAAAUAUCGUCUAAACCCUCAUAAGACUACCCGUAAUCAUUGCU